AUGCCGUCCCUCAAACAGGAUUGCUCGAUCGACAGCGCAUCAACUGCGAAAGACGACUCGUCUGUUGCUGGCACCGAUCUUCAACAAGGGUCACACAACUCGUCACACUCAUGGGCUGGUUGGGCAGAGCUGGAAAAUGAUCCGCUCAUUUUUGGAACUUUGCUUCUGGAGUGGGGUGUCAGCAACAUCCAGGUCAAUGAAGUUGUUCCAUUGGAGAGUGUUUUUGAUCAUCCAUCUAAUCAAACCUAUGGACUUGUCUUCCUUUCUCCCUGGGCCGCCCCAUUGUCGGAUAACAGCAUCAAAAAGGCUCCAAAGGGUGUUUGGUUCGCGAAUCAGACGUCUUCUUUCUCCUGUGCCACUGUGGCACUCAUGAACAUCAUCAAUAACCAAGAUACUCUCGAUCUGGGUGAAAAGCUGAACGCGUUUCGAGCCAAAACGGCUGAUAUGAGUCCGGUCGACCGUGGUUUUGCCUUGGACCACUUCGACCAUGCUCGCGAUGUCCAUAACUCUUUCUCGACCAAAUUCGAUCAAAUGGUCGUCGAUGUGCGUCUGAAGCAGGACGCCGUUGCCCACGAGAAGCAAAAGAAGAAGGCUGCCGCAACGGCAAAUUCUAAACGACCGCGCAAGAAGGCCAAGAUUGAAGAAGAAUAUGAGGACGAUGAAGACGACGCUGGCUUUCACUUUGUAGCCUACGUCCCUGUCGGUGGUUCUGUCUGGCGAAUGGAUGGCAUGGAGCCACUCCCACGAAAGGUUGGAGAAGUGUCUGAUGGGGUUGAUUGGAUCAUGAUGGUCUUGCCCGAACUCCAAGCCACAUGGGAGUCGGCAAGUAACACUUCAAUGGAGUUUUCUCUGUUGUCCUUGACUGUCCGGACUGAAUCAUCGACUAUGAAGGCAGAUGAGGAAAAGAUGGCACGGGUUCGAGAAGAUUGGGGUCCAUUCAUCGCCCACAUGGUGAAGCUUCAUGCAGAGAAGGGCGACCUCAAGCAAAAGACAGCAUAG